AUGUUUUUUUCUAGGUGGGAAAAUUUUGUUGAUCGAGAUAUAAAAAUUGGUGGUCGUACAUUAGUACAUAUGAAAUUAUUAAAAGAAAACAUUCUUGCAACACGACCAAAAACAUCAAUAAUAAUAACAUGUUGGAAAAUUCUUGUUACUGUUUUAUUUGCAUAUAUAUUUCAUCAUGGAAUAUUUAAUACAUCAGUUAUUUUUCCAAUUAGUAACAAUAAUGAACAAUUAGAAGAUCCAUUACCAAAAUUAUCUUUAGGACAAAAUUCAUGGGCAGCAUUAGGUUUUGAUCAACAACCAUCACAAGGAAUGUUUCCUAUGUUACCACCACGUGAACGUCGUUCUAUUGCUAAUACGUCAGACUAUAUAAAACGAAUUAAAAGACAAUUUGAUAAUGAUUUACCAAGUAAUUUUGUUUAUGAUGAAGAAGGAUUAAACUCCAUUGCUGGAGGCGGAGGAGGAGUAGAUGGAGGAACUAAUAAUCCGGGAAGUGAAGGAACAAAUCCAAAAGAUCGUUGGAUUAUUUAUUUAACUCCGAUGAUAUUAAAAAUUCUAGCAGAUGUAUUAUGUUUUUAUAUGGGUCGUUUAGCGUGUAAACUUUGUAUGCAACGUAUAUGUUUUGCUUUACCAAUAACAUUAGUUACACCAUUAGCAUUGACAAUAUUACUUGUUAUGUGUUCUGUUGCACCACAAUCAACAGUUUUUAUAGAAAAUUUUCUUUUUUGGAGUUGUUAUGCUGAUUAUGCAAAAGAAUCAUUUAAAUGGCAAGUUAUAUGUGGUUUAUUUUUAUGGUGGUUAUCAGAAUUAUGGAUUGGUGGUCAUAUAUGGUUUGGUAAACGACAACGCUUAGCAUUUACAGAACGUUUAUUUGUAUCACCACGUUAUUGUGCAACAUUACUUGAACAAUCUUUAAUGAUGAAUAGACGUCGAAAUGAACGUGAUGAAUUAUUAACUGGUAUAUAUGAUGAAAUGAGUACAACAAAUGGUGAAUCAGAAUUUGAUGAACAAAGUAUGGAAGAAUUAUCAAUGGAAAAAAAAUUAAGUGCUGAUGUACAUACGAAAAUAUAUUCAUGUGCAACAAUGUGGCAUGAAACUGAAACGGAAAUGUUACAAUUAUUAAAAUCAAUUAUGAGAUUGGAUAGUGAUCAAUGUGCACGUCGAACAGCUCGAAAUUAUUUACAUCUUAAAGAUCUUGAUUAUUAUGAGUAUGAAGGACAUAUAUUUUUUGAUGAUGCUAUGGAAGAAGAUGACAACAAUGAACAAGUAUCAAAUAAAUUUGUUCAACAACUACUUGGAGUUGUUGAUCGUGCUGCUACAGCUAUCCAUCAAUGUCCAAUGAAAAUUCCUCCACCAUAUAAAACCCCAACACCAUAUGGUGGUCGAUUAACAUGGGUAUUACCAGGUGGAAAUUUUCUUAUUGCACAUAUAAAAGAUAAAACAAAAAUUCGACAUAAAAAACGAUGGAGUCAAGUUAUGUAUAUGUACUAUUUGCUUGGUUAUCGUCUAUUUGGUGAUUUAAAUAUAAUAGAAAAAUUAUAUAAACGAAAACGAAAAAAAAAUUCUUCGAAAAAUAAAUCUAAAUUAUUUAAAGGUUUUGGAAAUUUACUUAAUAAUAUGGAUAAUAAAAAACGUAUACAAAUGGAAAAUACAUAUUUGUUAGCACUUGAUGGUGAUGUUGAUUUUCAUCCUGAAGCUGUACGUUUACUUGUGGAUCGAAUGAAAAAAAAUAAAAAAGUUGGAGCUGCUUGUGGACGUAUUCAUCCAAUUGGAAGUGGUCCUGUUGUUUGGUAUCAAAAAUUUGAAUAUGCUAUUGGUCAUUGGCUUCAAAAAGCUGCUGAACAUAUUUUAGGUUGUGUGAUGUGUAGUCCAGGUUGCUUUAGUCUUUUUCGUGGUUCAGCAUUAAUGGAUGAUCAUGUUCUUCGUACAUAUUGUACAAAAUCAGUUGAAGCUCGACAUUAUGUGCAAUAUGAUCAAGGUGAAGAUCGUUGGUUAUGUACACUUUUAUUACAAGAAGGUUAUCGUGUUGAAUAUUGUGCUGCAUCAGAUGCACUUACUUAUGCACCAGAAUCAUUUCAUGAAUUUUUUAAUCAACGUCGUCGAUGGGUACCAUCAACUAUUGCAAAUAUUAUUGAUUUUCUUGCUGAAUAUAAAAGAAUUGUUAUUGUUAAUGAUAGUAUAUCAUAUUUAUAUAUAAUCUAUCAACUUUUUUUAAUGGUUUCCACUGUUCUUGGUCCAGCAACAGUACUUUUAAUGAUUAUUGGAGCAUUCAAUGCUUGUUUUGGUAUGUUUUUAGAUUUGAAUACGAAUCUAUUCGAUAUUGAUCUUUAA